GAUAAAUAAAAUAUUGCAAAUAAACGCGUAUGUUUUCAGACAACAAAGCAGAAAGCACGUCGUUAGAACAUGUAAACUAAAAAGCUGUUAGGGCAUGUACAGCGCGGCAUUUAAUUAGCCGUCUCUAAGAGCUAUCAUUAAAGAGAAUAAUCCUACAUGGACAGCAAUUAGGGAAGAGAAAGAGUGCAGUCGUCAUUUCUUGAGGCGACGGCUUCGUCCCGUGCUCCAAGAACAAAGCGACGGACAAAGCAACGGCUAUAGAGCGAGUCGACGGCGACGGCGGAUUAGCUACGCGCGGGAGCUUUUGGCGGGCGGCAUGGAUGAAUUUGCUCCUGCGCGCGCCAUUUUUUCUCCUCCCCAUAUAGCUUCUCUCGUUGUUUCAGUUCAAUCUUGAAUUUUUUCCCCAAUCUAACAGAUGGAGUCCGAUGGGGAUGGUGUGUUGCCUCCAGCCAUCUUCGUCUUCGAUGCGACGCAGGCGCAGCGACUCCUUGUGGCAGCAGUAAGCAGGGGCGACUGCAGGUGGGGAUUCUUCCCAAGCUGGAGCUGGACAAGCAGGUACGGGGUUGUGUGCAGGCCAGAGGACGGGCAGUACGGCGUCGCGGACAGGCCAAACAGCGGGCAACGUGGCGUCGCGGACAGGCCAGACGGCGAGCAAUGCGGCGUCGCGGACAAGCCAGAAGGCGGGCAGCGCGGCGUCGCGGACAAGCACGACGGUGGCGGCGCGGCUGCAGUGGAUAGGCCAAACAGCAGCGGCAGGACUUCCUCGGACAGGCCAGGCAUCGGUGGCAUCGGUCCUGUUUGGAAGACCACCACUGCAGGCUGGGCAAGCAGCAGCAGCCAUUGAUUCUACACGAACACUUGGGCUGAAGAGAAGAGCUGCAGCUAUGGCUUCCUCCGAUAUUGCAUCCAAUCCUGGUUCAUCUUCUCCAGUCACUCCAUAAUCUGAUCCAACAACUUGGUAACUGCUCGAUUCAUCACUUUGUUUAGCUUGUGGUUUGCAUAUAUGUCUUGUUACACGAACCAUGUAGUAGUUGCUUAUUCAACUAUAAUUUAUUUGCAGAUUAAACUGUAACUAACAGGGGUGAUGUCCUUCCUUUUUCUUAGUAAGUUCAUGAUGUUGUUCGAUCCAUGCUUUCAGGGAUAACAAUCCACACCCCCCAGGUGGAUUUAUGAACCUAGUGAACAACCCAUCAUCGCAGAAUUUCCAUUUUGUUGGCAUGAGGACAUGUACUUCGACUGCAGAAGCAAACCAGAAUCAAAUUGAUGUGGACAGCGAGGAUGAAGCUGUUCGAACUGAGAAACAGAUCCUUUGGACGCAAGAAGAUGUUAGGCUGAUGAGUGCUUGUGUUAUCCUUCACAAUGGAACAUAAUGCAAGCUUGUGUUAUCCUUCACAACAUGAUUGUUGAAGAUGAAAAGGAAGCAGUUAAAAUUCCGACCCUUGCUUCGUUGAAGUGCUACAAAUGAAUUCUGCUAUCCGUGCUCGCUCGACUCACACUCAACUGAAGAGAGAUUUAGUUGCAAAUAUUGUACACAAAUUUGGAAACCGUCAAAAUAGGUCUACAUAGAGUUAUCAUGCCAUUUACUAUUUAUAUCAAUUAUGUUAUAUCUUUUAAUUACAAAUGAUAAUAUAUAUAUAUUUUAAAUUUUUUCUUUUAUUCCCAAUUCAUUUAUUUUAUUGUAGUUCAUGAAUAAGAAACACAAUAGUAACAAAGACAGUUUAUACAUGGGAUCUUUUAUAGCAAUAAAAGACAUUAUACAAAUUUAAAACUAUGUAGACAGUGUAAACAGACAACCCACUGUAUGAACUGUCUAUUAUGUUGUCUAUAUGCGUACUUCUAAGCGCUUACAGACGGCAGCUGUCUAAGCACUGUACAUGCCCUUAUGGCCUUAUGGGCACCAGGCCCAC